UUUGUCCGUGGCACUACGGCCGAGAGAACGGUGUCGUUUUGCGUACGGUCAUUUUCCAUAUCAAUAUAUCAUCGUCUUCGCUGCUACUGUUCACGUUGCUCGCCAUGUGUUGAAAAGCUGCGUUCUGCGUUCGAAAUUCUUUUUUUCGUCACUUUCUAUACAGUCCAGCCAACCCCAACAAAGUGUAAUUGAAGUACGGAGAAAUAUAAAGGAAAUACAGAAAACGGAAAGGUAAAACCGAUUGCAUUUCAGAAUCUCCGCCGCUUCUCUCGCCGGAAAUCUAUACAGCUAAGUUUUUCCGAUGUCUUCGGAUGAUCCGGCGGGCGUGCUGGCUCCGCCUCCAAUGCUGCUGCCGGAUAACCCAACUAGUCCGGGGAACGCCACCGCCGCUCCGCCGCUUACUGACAGCCCGCCUGCUCCAGGAACUCUGCUGUCUCCGCCGCCUGGGGCAAACGGGAGCUUCAAGGCCGUUCCUCCCCCAUCGAUAUCGAGUAACAACCAGGUAAGGGUGGCGCUCCUAAUCGGAAUAGGCAUAGGUGGACUUAUUAUGCUUGUGUGCGUGGGCAUUUUCGUGUUCUGGUACAAGAGGAGAAAGAGGGCUCAUGGUUUAUAUGGUUUUGCUAAUGCUUCUGAGCAAGGCCCCAAAGAUUACCCUUUUGGAAGCCAGUCACAUAAUUGGCCAUCAAAUGUACCUCCAUCAUCGAACAACACAGUUGGAAUGCCACAAAAGCUUUCUACUGAACCUGGCAUUGUAUCAACUUUCCAAUCUCAAUUCUCUCCAAUUGAUCUUCCGUCUUCAAAACAAACCCCUAAUGUGGGCGCUAGUUGCUCAAAAUCUACUUUCACCUAUGAGGAAUUAGCAAUUGCAACAGAUAACUUCUCCAAUACCAACCUUCUUGGUCAGGGUGGUUUUGGAUAUGUUCACAAAGGAGUGCUUGGUGAUGGAAGAGAGGUUGCAAUUAAGAAACUAAAAGUUGGUAGUGGACAAGGGGAGCGCGAAUUUCAAGCAGAGGUGGAAAUUAUUAGCAAUGUUCAUCAUUUUCACCUUGUUUCACUUGUGGGCCAUUGCAUUUCUGGGGCUCAGAGGUUGCUAGUAUAUGAGUUUGUUCCAAACAAUACUUUGGAGUUCCACUUACAUGGGAAGGGGCUGCCUCCAAUGAGUUGGGAAAUAAGGAUGAGAAUUGCUUUGGGUUCUGCCAAAGGAUUGGCUUAUUUGCAUGAAGACUGCCGUCCCAAGAUCAUACAUAGAGACAUCAAGGCUGCUAAUAUUCUUCUAGACAACAAUUUUGAGCCUAAGGUGGCAGAUUUUGGUCUUGCUAGAUUGAAUCCUGAUGCUGAUACUCAUGUCUCUACACGAGUAAUGGGGACUUUUGGAUAUUUAGCUCCUGAGUAUGCUCUUACAGGGAAACUGACUGAAAAGUCAGAUGUAUUCUCCUUUGGAGUCAUGCUUUUGGAGCUGAUUACUGGGCGGCGACCGAUUGAUAAAGCUCAAUACUACCUUGAUGAUAACAUUGUCGAUUGGGCAAGACCUUUACUGUCACAAGCAAUGGAUGAUGGCAACUUCGAGGCUCUUGCUGAUCCAAAGUUAAUGAAAAAUUAUGAUUCCACGGAGAUGACCCGAAUGGUUACUUGUGCUGCUGUCUGCGUGCGCCAUUUGUCACGGCGCCGGCCUCGGAUGAGUCAGAUAGUUCGAGCUUUAGAAGGAAACUUACCGGUGGGUGAUUUAAUCGGGGGAGUUAGACCUGGACACAGUGGGAUUCAAGAACCCUUCGGAAGCUCAGAUUAUGACUCGGCACAGUACAAAGAGGACUUGUUGAAGUUCAGGAAGAUGGCAUUAGAAACCCAGACGCAAAAUUCCAGCGAAUGCAGCGGCCCAACCAGCGAGUUUGGUCCUCAUCCUUCUGGCUCGAGUAGCGAAGGCUUAAGAACAACCCAAGACACGCAAUCCGGUACUGAAAUCCAACGAGGAACCACUCCAGAAGUGAGAGAAAUAGAAAUCCAAGGAAGUUGAGAUUUGGAACUAUGAAUGAAACAUGAGAAACUGACUAACCUUACAUAGGAUUUCUUGAUGUUUGGCAUUGCAAUGCCAUUCUGUUCAUAGUUGUUCUUGUUUGUUGUUCAAUGAUUAUUUGAACCUUAAAAUUGGAUCCAGUGUAAGUGUAACAAAUAUGUCUGACAGUCUGACAUCAAGAAAUUUUCACUCCUGCUCUCUACA